AACUUCAGGGGUCUUCAGGAAGGCAGAAGACUUUCUUCCCUUGCAAACAUGAAGCAGGUUGCUUUUUGGACUGCUUUGGAAUUCAGUUGCCGUCUGCUGGGGGUCACCACUGGAGCAGUGCUCCUUGGGGUGGGUGCGCAGACACUGCUGCAGGGGCAGUUCAAGAGCCUGGCCGUCUACCUGCUUUUUUCAGGAGCCUCCAUUUUGGUAUAUGAAGUGGCAUACUUCGCCAUCCUCCUCUUGGCAGCCUGCUCAGCCUUGCCGGUGAGAUUCAUGAGGCACCCUUGCUGGAAGGAGGUCGGGCGCUGCAGGGCCUUCCAAAAGUUCCUGGCCUACGUGCUGCUCUCUGUAGCUUGCUUCCUGCACCCCGUACUUGUUUGGUAUGUCACAAUCCCAGGAACGAUGCUGGUUCUGACUGGUCUGGCCUAUUUCCUGCUCAGCAAGAAGCACAAAGAAACCACGGCAAAUGGAGUGUUGGGCCAAUACAGUGACAGCUGCCCUGCAGCCUCAGUUGAGACAAGCACAGAUGACAUGGAGCAGGCGUACACCUUCCUCGGAGGAUCACGCAGAGGGCAACAGGGCUCCCUCUUCUCAUCUGUAUGGAGCAUCUUCAGAGGUUGCCAGAGCCAGGAAGGUGCGGUGAACUCUUCCAACAUAUCGAUAGCCAGGAGGCAGGUGCACUUUGAGGAGAAGGUGGUCAACAUUGUCCUCUCGGUCCAAGAUGACACCAGGAGCCUGGCUCAGGAAAGCAUGUCUGACACGGCCCCUAUCCUUGGCCCCACGGCUAUGAUGACCCCAUAGGGAAGGCAGCAUUUCCUGCCCUCUGGAAGAGGCUGAAGUAGAGAU